AUGGAAUUUCUUCGUUUAUACUCGGUGGUGGGUCGAAAGAUCCCGACGGCGAAGGAGCCUAAGACGGUUCCAUAUCGCAUGCGCAUAUUCGCUCCAAACUCGGUUGUUGCAAAGUCCCGAUUUUGGUACUUCAUUCGUCAACUGAAGAAAAUGAAGAAGGGUAGUGGCGAAAUCAUUGCGUGUGAUCGAAUUCACCCACGAAAGCCGUUGAUGGUGAAGAAUUACGCAAUAUGGUUGCGGUAUAACAGCCGAUCUGGAACCCACAAUAUGUACAAGGAGUAUCGUGAUCUUACUGAAGAGGCAGCGGUCACACAAAUGUAUCGGGAGAUGGGCGCGCGGCAUCGUGCGCGAGCCGAAUCAAUCCAAAUUAUCGAGGUCAAGGCCAUCCCUGCUUCUAAAUGCAAAAGGGCUUACACCACCCAGUUCCACGACAACAAUUUGCGCUUCCCACUGCCUCAUCGUGUUACACGUUCUCUCCACCACCCACGGUUUACAACCCGAAGGCCCAUAACUGCUUUCUAA